UCAAGCUUAGAACACUCUUCUUCUUAUUUUCUCUCACCUCUCAUUUUGGUCUAUUGACGAAUUGCCCAAAUUUUGUUUUGAUCACUGCACAGUCUGCACAUAGUAGCUUGAAUUUUUAUGAAUGUGAAGUAUUGAUCAAUCCUGGAGCCUGUUAGCCACUGUCUUAAUGGACUGGAUAUAUGUGCACAAAAAUUGGGACAAAUGGGCGUCUAACCAUGUGGGUUCUCCUGAUCUACCACUGAAGGCUGCUCUGUUGAUCAACUAUGAUCCAUCUGGACCCUCUCGUUUAUUAUCUACAAUUGCAGAACAAGAAGGAAUAAGAGCAAAUCCAAUUGAAUUAGGGCAAUUUGUUGAUUUUGUCAAGCGAAAUAAUCUUCAAUCUGAGAGCUUCUUCAUCGGAUUAAACCAAUAUAUUGUUACUUCGAUAUAUGACCAUUGGUUCUGCGCAAGGUGUGUUAACACCUCCCAUCCGAUUGGUGAAGGUGCUAUAGUAAUGCAUAUAGCAUCAUAUCUUCUAGUGGCUCUGUAUGAUGGCUCACUUGGCUCUGCAUCUCAAGCUAUGGCUGCUGUUAAUCAGUUCUCAUUGCAGUUAAGUCGAAAAAAUCAUAAUACUCAUUAGAAUAAGAUAUUUCAUUCCUUUUCAAAGGCACCCAUGAAGAUAUUUUAAAACUUUUGCAUAAUACAAUCGCUUCCUGCUUCCUGCUUGCUCUGCUGCUCAUAUCUCAUCGAUAGCACUGCUGCUAUCUUCUUCCACA